AUGAGGAUAGUGUUGGAGACUACGAGGAUGCAUCAAAUUUUUACCAAGCUCAAUAAGUGUGAGUUUUGGUUGGCUCGUGUGGCGUUCCUAGGCCACGUGAUUUCGGGCGAGGGAAUUGCGGUGGAUCCGUCUAAGAUUGAGGCGAUCAUGGACUGGCCAAGACCGACGACGAUAACGGAGAUCAAAAGCUUUUUGGGUUUGGUAGGUUACUAUAGGCGAUUCGUGGAGAAGUUCUCUGCUAUAGCCUCGCCUAUGACUAAAUUGCUGAAGAAGGAUGUGAAGUAUGAAUGGAUAGACAAGUGCGAGCGUAUUUUUCAAGAGCUUAAGCAUAAGUUGACUACGGCUCCCGUGUUGACAAUUCUAUCCGGUCCUGGAGGAUUUGAGAUCUACAGUGACACAUCUCUUAGAGGUCUAGGUUGUGUGCUGAUGCAACAUGGAAGGAAAGAGUUGAAUAUGAGGCAGUGUCGAUGGAUAGAGCUGUUCAAGGAUUAUGAUUGUGAGAUUCUAUAUCAUUUGGGCAAGGCGAAUAGAGUUGCAAAUGCUCUAAGUAGAAAAUCAGCGAUUGCUCAAUUACGUAUGAGUGAAUGGCGUUUGCUUGAGCAAGUGAGAGACUCGGACUUUAAGUUAGAGAUAUGUCUUCUAUCAAGUCUAGUGGCUACUUUGAGGAUUGAGCUAGAUGUGCGGACUAGCAUAAAGACCUUGCAAUCGACGGACCCCACUAUUCAAAAGAUCCUUCAGGAAGACCCGGCUAAACGAAGGGUCGAUUUUCAAGUGGCCGAGGAUGGGAUACCGAAGUUUAGAGGAUGUCUAGUUGUGCCGGUCGAUGAAAGUCUAAGGGAGGAUAUAUUAUCGGAGGUACAUCGUAGCGCUUAUAGUAUCCAUCCAGGUAAUACGAAGAUGUAUCAAAAUCUGAAGCAAUACUAUUGGUGGAACGGUAUGAAGGCAGAUAUAGCCAAGCAUGUGGCUAAGUGUUUAACCCGUCGCCAGGUCAAGGCACAACACUAUAAAUCUAGAGGACAGCUGCAGCCUUUAGAGAUUCCGAAGUGGAAAUGA